AUGGAGUCGUUUGAGGUGCCGGUUAACGGGGUCUCUCACACUGAAGAUCCGUUCUCUGGACCACUGACAUUUAUUGCGCCCUGGAACUAUCACUUCCUGGCUGCGCUGAUGUUCAUAGUGACCACAUUAUCUCUCUCCGAGAACUUUGCGGUGAUGUUGGUGACGUUCAGGUUUAAACAAUUGAGGCAGCCUUUAAAUUACAUCAUUGUCAACUUAUCUCUGGCAGACUUCCUUGUGUCAUUGACUGGAGGGACUAUAAGUUUUCUGACUAAUUACCACGGCUAUUUCUUCUUGGGUAAAUGGGCUUGCGUUUUGGAGGGGUUUGCAGUCACCUUUUUUGGUAUCGUGGCGCUGUGGUCUCUGGCGGUUCUGGCAUUUGAGCGGUUCUUCGUGAUCUGUCGGCCACUGGGGAACAUUCGUCUAAGAAACAAACACGCGGCACUCGGCCUGCUGUUUGUCUGGACCUUCUCUUUCAUCUGGACCAUCCCGCCGGUGUUAGGUUGGAGCAGCUACACCGUCAGUAAGAUCGGCACCACCUGUGAGCCCAACUGGUACUCUGGAAGCUUCCAUGACCACACCUUCAUUAUCACUUUCUUCACCACCUGUUUCGUUCUUCCGCUGGGUGUGAUAAUCGUCUGUUACUGCAAGCUGCUCAGGAAGUUGAGAAAGGUGUCAACCGCCCAUGGCAGGUUGGGUAAUGCCAGGAAACCUGAGCGUCAGGUGACCCGUAUGGUGGUUGUGAUGAUCGUUGCCUUCAUGGUGGCCUGGACACCAUACGCUGCGUUCUCCAUCGUUGUGACGGCACACCCAAGCAUCCACCUGGACCCUCGACUGGCAGCUGCACCAGCGUUCUUCUCCAAAACAGCUGCAGUCUACAACCCCAUCAUCUAUGUCUUCAUGAACAAACAGUUCAGGAAGUGUUUGAUUCAGCUGUUGAGCUGCAGUAACACCAUCACCAUCGAGGGCAACAUGAAUCAGACCUCCAAACGAGCAGCAAUGACCGAUGAAAGCAACACCGGAGAGAUGUCUGCCAUCACUGCUCGAAUCCCGAUGGCUGGAACCAUCCCGCCCAAAACUGACAACCAGCUGAACGAUUGUAGCUCAUUCGCUAAGCUUCCUAUUCCUGAGAACAAAGUCUGUCCGAUGUGACAGCAAACACAUGCAAGGACUGUUCUUAAUUCAUGGCCAUGUAUUUGUCUUCAGUCAUUCGUGUUCUCCGGCUGAAUGUUGAGAUGUAUUUCUUUUCGUCUGAACGUUCAAAUCUUUUGUCUAAAGACCCUGACACUCAUGCAGUAUUUAAACACACUCGGCUAGCGUAUGAUAGCACAAUAUGGAUAGUUAGGUUUAGGGUUAUGCAUUCCUGUAGACUGUAUUACAUAACACUAUAUAAGACAAUUUUGGUUCAUGGGUAGUAAGUGCUAUUUCUUAAUGUUUUAUGCCUCAAAAGUAUCGAAAAUGGACGCUGUCCUUUUCUGCAUAUCGCAGCGCCGUUUUGUGGUCCGUUCUGCAUAACGCGGCGGCUCAUUUUAGCUUAUCGCGGCCCAUUCGGUCCAUUUCGCGGCCGACCCACUGGCUCGCUCAGUUCUCAGAUGGCCAGUCCAACCCUGAUCAGCCCCAAAGUGCGUCGGCCCACCGGGAAAA